GAAAAAGCGAUAAAGAGGCGGCAUUCUCGAGACAUUAUCUGCAGCCAGCUGAUGCUGCGCCGAUGUUCUCCGGAGAAACGACCCGACCCGAAUGCGUCGAUUCGACCGGCAACUAGCCAACUGGUAUGCCAAAAAGAAGAUCAUGAAAAGUGCCUCGCUACUGCUUCUUCUGCCAACGGGCCAGCACCAGCAGGGCUCUUAGACACUAGAUCCGCCAAGUUGUCCCCAUCUCCAGCAACCCUAAAAUAG